GCAGACUUUCAAGUUAGAUUCAGGUUCGAGGAAUCUCUGAGAUUCCAGUAUCAACAGCCAAAAUGACUUCAGAAACCACAAAGCUGCAGGCAAAGCUUGCCACGCUAAACGUUUCUCUCGAUGAGCUCGAAACACAGCUGGAGCCUCUUUUCGCAAAAUCACUUCCAGAAACCGUCGUAGGGCUCGAAACCAUCCAGCAAGCCAAACUACAAGUGCUACUCCCAUAUCUAGUUUACGAUCUCGUUUUCAUAUAUCUCAAAUCCCGAGGGAUCGAUCCAAGAACACAUCCCGUCAUAGCUGAACUGGACAGAGUGCGACAAUACUUUGACAAAGUCAAGGGAGCUGAACAAUCGGACGAAAAGAAAAAAUACGGCAUCGACAAAGCGGCUGCUGGUCGAUUCAUCAAGCAUGCCAUAGCUCAAGCGAAGGAUAUCAGACCACCUGUCGAUGCCACAGAAGGUGCCGCGAGCACGAGCGCGAGCACAAGCAACGUCCACGUCCCCGUAACAAUCACCAGUAAGAUGGCAGAACGAGCAGAGUAUGAACGGAAACUAAAGGAGGAAGGCAGUGGAGAGGAGGAUGAGGAUCUUCAGGUAUUUGAUGAGGCUUCACCAGCUACUCCCGACGAGGAGCCGGUGGCAGAGACGAAAGAGAGUAAAA